CAAAAAUGUCGCCAGCGAAAAAGAAGGGAUCAGAUUCAAAAAAAGAGGAGCCAAAGGCUAAGGCCCCAGCUGCUCCAGCUGCUGCUAAGCCUAAGGAGACUGCACCCUCACCAAGCAAGCCAAAAGAAGCUGCCCCAGCUAAGACAAAAGAGGGCCCAAAAAAAGAAGCCAAAUCUGCUGUACCAAAGCCAAUCAAGAUUAAAGAUGGCAAAGCCAAAGAGAAGGCACUGAAAGCAAAGAAGGCAGUGACCAAAGGAGUCCAUGAUAAGAGAUCUCGCAAGAUCAGAACAUCUGUUCAUUUCAGGAGGCCCAAGACGUUAUCUCUCGAACGAGUACCCAAAUACCCAAGAAGGAGUCAUGUUAAGAAACCCAGUCUUGACCAGUACAAGGUCAUCAAAUAUCCAUUGACGACUGAGUCUGCCAUGAAGAAGAUUGAAGAUAACAACACUUUGGUUUUUAUUGUGGACAAGCGUGCCACCAAAAGUAAAGUUAAGUGGGCUGUCAAGAAGUUAUAUGAGAUCACAGCUUCUAAAGUUAACACGUUGAUCAGGAUGGAUGGUGAAAAGAAAGCCUAUGUAAGAUUGGCUCCAGAUUUUGAUGCACUUGAUGUUGCUAACAAGAUUGGAAUCAUCUAAAUGUCAUUGAUGUUUGGGUUAUGGAAACAGUUUUUUUCCUUAAAAUUAUUUGCUGGUUGAAUAAAAUCUUGACUGGUUGUA